AUGAAUCAGUUGACAGUGAGUUAUGGCCUAAUUUCCCCAGAUUACUGCACUUCCCAAGAUGCGCACAUCUUACCGAUAACAAAGAUUCUGUACCCGGAUAUACCUGGUAAAAACUAUUUUCUUACUUCAGGAAGGGAUGGUUCCAUAAUUUUGCACAAGAACACACAGCUCUCGAACGAGCCUGAGACUGCUGCAACUACCAUAAAAAACGAUGCGAUAAGAAUGCAAGUUCAUAGCGAUUGGGCAAGCGAUCUAAUACAUGUUAAUAUGAAAAAUUCAGACCCAUCUGCAGGGGACACAUUCAUAUCAGUAAGUCACGAUUUUUCGAUAGUAUUAAUUAGUGUGAAUGCGCAGUUAACUACCUGGGAUAAGAAAAUAAUCGGUGACCACGACGAUUAUAUCAAGUGCAUAGUGCCCAUACAUUAUGAAAUGUCAAAUGACUAUGAAUUGGAAGAACAAGAGGGUGGUCCUGAUAAUGUACACGAUGGAAUAAAUAAUGGCAUUGUUGUUGAUGAACAGAACAACUUUCUUUUUGUGACAGGUGGUCUAGAUAGAAAAAUCAAACUUUGGUGCCUGAGCAGCGGGCCAGAAAAAAUGGCUACGCUACUACACACAUUUGAUAAUGCACAAUCAAACGACACAGGCUCAAUAUACUCCAUGAGUCCCAUCAUCCCAAAAUACAGUUUUGAUGACAAUCAAACGUCUCGUCCCUUUGAUUUUGUUGCCGGAGACUGUAAUGGUGAUUUGAUUUUUUAUUCGUGUAAAUAUCGUAAGGAGGUGAUAAGAAUUCAAAACGCCCACAGAACAAAUAUAAAAGUAGUAAGAACUCUUGAUGACUCCACACGACUAAUCAGUACCAGCUCAGAUGGUGUAAUAAAUGUAUGGGACUUGAAUUGUAGGCAUGAUCAGACUACUGGUGCCCUUCAGCUUCCCAAAAAAAUUGGAUCUUGGUCCUGGGAUUCUUCCAUAUGGUGUGUCCAAGGAACGAGCCUUGAUAAGUUGUAUUUUGGUGACUCUCAGGGCAAUGUUAUGAGAGCAAACUUAUCCAGUUAUGAAGAUGCUAAACUUACAAGAAUUUUCAAGCCUGAUCAUCACCACCAUCAUCAUCAUCACCAUGAACACGAAGAGCAAAAUAUAUCAACUACAGAUGCGAAAGUAAAAAAAUAUGGUGGUAUCCUUGAUAUUGCCCUUUUACCUAAUGAAAAAUUGUUGUUUUCUUUUUGUACUGACUCAAAUCUAAACGUGCUCGAUUUAACUAAUAACCAUUUCAGUGUCAACGAAGGUGGGUUCGCACUGACCAGAAGCUCACUGCUAACCAACAGGAGGCAUGUAAUAACGGAAAACACUAAAGGCCAAAUGCAGAGAUGGGAUAUCGUUUCAUGUGAGCUUUUGAAUACUUUUGAUUCAUCAGAAGGUUCAUUUGAUGAUAUUGUAAUGAAAUACACCUCAAAGGAAAUUCUAUCUCAUUGGUGUACUGUUUCCGUUAAGGUCGGUAUGCUGUUCGUAAAAAUAAACCCAAAAUUUCUGAAAACUGAAGUUUAUGGAUCCGCGCUAAAGGAUUAUCAGGUUGUGAACAAUAUUGAAAUUAACUCAGAUGAGAGAUAUAAUUUGGGUAAAAUUGUUAUUAAUUCGCUUUUCAAUGAGUUCAUAUCAUAUGAAGUCCAAAAGGAUAAACUUUUAAGGAAGAAAAUUUUUAGUUUGAAGAAAAAAGACUUAACCAAUUCAUUAACCUUGGAUACGGGAUAUAACAGUGAAUCAAAAAAGAAUAAUAAAGAUAAAAAGAGAAAAUCAACCUUCAAAAUUAGUUCAACUCUGUCCAUUGGAAAUACCAACAGCAGUGGAACUCCACCAAAUUCGGCACCUGCAACCCCGGUAAUGGCAGAGACUAUAGUAUUAGAAGAACAACCAUUGUUGCAGUCAGCUUCUGAUAAAGCAAUAGAUGACUCUUUAGAACUCGUGCAACCAUUGCCUGCAUCCAAAAAGCCAUAUUUUAGAACGCAGAGCUCUGGCUCCUUGUUAAGUAGAAAGUUCAAAUCAUUUAGGUCUACUUCUGGUCGUGCCACAACAGGGUUAAACACUCCAGAGGAGCCCAAAGGAAUUCUGCCAGAUACUCCGCACGUUAUUAAUGAUGACUCGGCCUUCCCUCAAGCUAUCAAUACAACUCAGCAGUCUAAGGAUGCAACUCCAGAAUCUAUGUUAUGGAAUCAUCCUUUCAAGCUAGAGCAAAAACUAUCCGCUAUUUCAUCACAAGAUUUACCGAGUAACAACACUCAUAACAAACUAAGAUCAUCUGAAAACUCAAGGGCGAAUUCCACGUCAACCUUGGAAGGCAACGAAAAGAAGAAGCCUGAGUUCAUGCCCGAUUUACUGGAGCAAAUUCAAGAGUCUUACAAGCAACAAUAUAUGAAUACUUCUUCUCUAAAAUACCUGACGAAGAGGCUUCCAGUCACCAAGAUAAUCAAGGCUAGUUCAUGUCCAAUUAUUAGAGUAAAAUCUGCCACGUUAGUUUUGGUCCAUCUUUGGAAGGAAGGCUCAUGUGGUGGCAGGGUAUUAUUUUCCACCCUAUUACCGCCAUCUCAUGUCGAUAAUGAAACCGUCAGCGGCGGCAAAGAAAAUUCCAAACCGCCAGAUGAUGAAGAAGUAGACCUUCAAGCUGUAGAUGAUGACAAAUUAGGAAAAUAUGAUCUUAUUGAUGGCGAGUUAGGAAGCAGACUCAACAGAAGGCAAAUUUUUGAGCAAUUGGAGGAAAAUUUGCCCUACUGGUUUGCAAAAGCUUUAUUUAGAGAUAUUAAGACGGUGGAAGAGCAACCAAAGUUGAACUUCUUAAUCAUGCCAUGGUCUUCUGUUGGUGGGAGUGAGGCAGCUGGCAAUGAAAACAAGAAGAAGUUUAUUAGUGCAUCAGAUACCACAGAAUCUUCUGGCAACGAUAGUAGCGAUAGCAGCCUUGGAAAUGGUAAUGAAGCCGUUUCCCCAUCAACACAGCAACAGUUCCAUAAUAUGCUAAAGUUUGGCCGUCCGAAGACCAGCGAGCAGGAGUUAAACCCCACAGAUUUACCGAGAAUCUCUGAGGCGAAUGUCAAGCUGGUUGCGCCUGGAAUGAUUAGGGUGAAAAAAAUUAAACUUUACGUCGCUGACAGAUUUGAAACGAAAACUCCUGAAAUGAAAGCAAAAAUGGAACCUAGUCUUUGGUUGGAUCUACUAUGUAGGGGCCAAGUGCUUGAUAACGAUAUGACUUUAAAUACCGUUAGAACACUUUACUGGAAAUCUCAGGGUGACAUAGUUCUAGAAUACAGAAGAAAAGUACAUAAUUCACCGCUAGUUCAUGAGGUCAACGGGAAUGAGGGGAAAUGA